AUGGAGGCGCAUAAGUUACCACUAUCACGACGCACGCAUCAAAAGUCACGCCUGGGAUGCGGAAACUGCAAGCGACGUCGCAUUAAAUGCGAUGAGAGAAAACCAAUAUGUUCGAACUGUGUGAUGCACGCGAUUGAAUGCACAUUUUCCAAUCCCAACAUCUCGGCAUCGCCUCCCGCCACAACCCGUCGAUUCCGACCGUAUCAGCCUGCAUCAGAAAGCUUCAAAAAGAAACACAGCGAAGAAUUUGAGGUGGAAGACCAAACCCAUAUAUCGACAAACUCGAUCGGAACACAAUGUGAUUUCGACAUCACCUCGCGGCCCAGCCGAAUCACAGACCAGAGCCCUAUCCUCUUCGCUGACCUGCAACUUUUCCACCACUUUACCGCUUCUACCUACCGCACUAUCGCCGACGAUCCAAAACUCUACGAUCUAUGGCAAAUAGAAAUUGUUCGGUGGAGUAUGACGUUUCCCUCCAUUUUACAUCUCAUUCUUGCUCUCUCGGCGCUGCAUUUGGGCUACGAAAACCCCGACCAACGACACCAGUACGUGCAGCAGGCAGAUGAUCAUUUUACUUUCGGGGUCCGGUCGGUGACAGCAGUAUUAGCCCAGCUGAAUGAGGAGAGUUGUCAGAAAGUGUACAUUUCAGCUGUGUUGAUCUGCUUUGUCUACUUUGCGAGAGGGCCGAGGGCUGGAGAAUACCUCGUUUUUAGUGACCAAGGUUUGUCUGAAUGGCGGGUGCUCAUGAAUGGUGUUAAAUUAAUUUUACACUCCUACCACGAACAAGUCUUCUCCGGGAUUUUGGAGCCAAAGAUCAAUCCAGAAGCACUCAGCGUUAGUCCGCUGCUGCGCAGUGAAUUGGAUGAGCAUAUUCUACGCGUCCAAGCGGUGCAGCAACUGGUUAAUCAAAUGUUUCUCACGGAAACCGACAAUUACAUAUACACAUCGGCUAUCAAUGAAUUAUUAGCCGUCUUGAAUGAGGUGUACGAAAAGCGCUCCUCUCAGAAAUCACCCGUGGGUUUAAUGCAGGUGCUUAUCGGGUGGGUGUAUCGGCUACCAGAUGAGUUAACGAGUCAGCUUGAGCAAAAAGAACCCGUGGCGCUGGUGAUUCUGGCACAUUGGGCUGUUUUAUUGAAGUAUAUGCAAGCUGUAUGGUUUAUGAAAGGCUGGGAUGCGCAUGUCGUGGUAGGCGUUUGGUGUUCCCUCGAGGCUGAAUUUCAUCCGUGGAUUGAGUGGCCAAUGCAACAAAUCUAA